AUGGCUGCUCUUAAUCUUAAGCUUGUUUUUGGUCUAGCAGUGUUGUGCAUGUUGGUGGUUGAUCCAAUGGCCACCGCCGUACUAACUUGUGAUGACGUGACAAGCCAACUGUUUCCAUGCUUAACUUACCUGACGUUGCGUGGAAAAAAUGUGCCUCCGCCACCGCAAGGAUGCUGCAAUGGGGUUCGGAGACUGAACCAACAGGCUCAGAGAAAAGCUGAUCGCCAAAAGGCUUGCAACUGCAUAAAAGGCCUGGCUGGGACCUAUACCGGUCUGAAUCUGGACUUGGUUGAAGGCCUUCCUAGAAGGUGCAAUGUCAACAUUCCUUACAAGAUCAGCCCCUCCACGGACUGCAAAAAGGUGAACUAAGAUGAAUGAAGCCGGGAUAGCAGCUGGCUGCAUAGAAUAAGGAC